AGCGCGCGCAGACAGAGUAGCAGACACUCAAACACAGAGCAAAGCAAAGGAGUUCUCAUCCAGAUCGGUGCCAGACGCACAGUCGACUCCGUUUUGUGAGGAUUUUUACUGUUUUGUUUAGUAAAUAAGUUUUGAAUUUAUAAUAAUAAUUUACUUUGGAGCCGAAUCUGCGGGUUUACUGGAGUUUCUUUAAGAUUUCUGUAUACGUUUAGAAAAUCUUGUCGAAUUAAAGGGAAUCGUUCCCGACGCGCAGAAACCCCAGAUCAGAAGUUGAAAAACUUCUCCCAGGCUUGUUUCUUGUCAACGCAGCAGUGCGCAGCGGCUUGGAGCGCUUCCUGAAAAAGAAUAAAUAAAAGUAGUCAGUGGGACUUUUUUCCCCCUUUCUUUCACUGGAGCCGCCCCAGAAAUGGUGGGGCACCUACAUUUACAAGCAAUGGAUGAUAGCCUGAAAGGAAAGAACCGAGAAGGGCUGCUCGACAGUCCGGAUUCGGGGUUGCCACCGAGUCCCAGUCCGCCCUUCUGCUCACUCUCUCCGGGUCUGAUCGAGUCUCGCUCCGGCAGCUGCACGACUCCUGUCGAGAGCCAGCAUGGAUAUUAUAAAAAGGAAAGCAGAGAGGGCAAACUGCUGCCCUACCUGCUGCUGAACUCUACAGGAACAGAUCCAAAGACUCGUAUGCACCCUGUGUUCUUUGGGGAGAGCAUUGAAGUCAACCCCAAACCAGAGCAAGAAAUCAAGUGCAACUCCGAAGUCAAGUAUGACUCCGACAGGCAUUACAGAGACCGGGUGUUGUGUGCCCCCAUUGCUACGCCCACCUCCUUCAGCGAGACGGUGGUGGCGGUGCGGAACUGCACUUGGAGGAGCUACAAGACCCAGGUGUACCUGGAGCCACGGCAGAGGCCCAUCAGUUACCAGAGCACCACUAUUAUCUACCCAAAACACGCCAAGAACACUUAUCGCACCACGCUCAACUACAACUCCACAGGCUCCCGCCGCUGGUUCGUCUCCACGGUGCAGCUGCAGUCCAGCGAGGAUACGAGCCCCUGUAUCAUCUACACAGAAGACCUGUAGAGCCCAGAUUCUUAGAGGGCUGCAUGGUGAUCACCUUCACUUAUAUAUAUAUAUAAAAAAAAUUUUUUUGUUGUUGUUCUGUUUUUUGAAGGACAAGGAACUUGGAAAUGUCCACACUGAAAGGGAAAGUCCUUGGAGCCCCUACAAACCUUUCUUUGAAACUCUGGGAACCAGUCACUUGGGUGUAUUUAGAUUUUCUACUGUUGCAGUCUUUAAAAAGGCCGCUGGUCCUUUGGCAGUUUAAAGUUGCACCUCAGCGUUUUAAUGUCUUAUUUAAUUCAAGAGUUGGCAAAAAUGGGAGCCUCCGCUCGAGUAGUAUUGUAACCUCAGCGAAGGUAACAAUCAGAUCAUAGAUAGAUUUGUGAACAGGGAAAAGUAAAAAAUGACACGUCAUGGAUUUUAGCCCAGCGUGCGCAAACCUAGUAACACCAAUGCGAAGCUUUCUAAAUAUAGCUUUAUUGCACUUGUUUUCUAUAUGUCACAGUUCUCUCAGAGGACUUGGCGUUGCAGUGGGGAAUUUCUGUGCUGCAUCUGAAAAAUUGGACCAAAGAUAGUUUGAAGAGUUUAUUUCCUUCUAGUAACUCCACACACUUGAGAUAGAAAGCUCGAAGAAUGCCACCCAUCAUCAGCUUGUUUGAUCGAGAGAAAUGAGACUGAAGACAGAUCAUAACGAGAUAGUCUGAAAAGGCCCCUGAAAACAUAUUCAGCCAUGUGGAAAACAGCAGCUGUUAGCAUUCUUCAGUAUUAAGGUUUUUGGUGAACAGUUGUUUGUUUGAGUUUUAAUCAAUGUUUAAGACCUGUAGAUCAAAAACCAAAGAUAAUAUUUAGGGAGAAUAAAAAAAAAAACCUAUUUUUUUUUUUUUUUUAGAAAAUAGAUAUAGAUAGUUAAACUUAGAAACUGUAAUUCAUCUGAACAGCGAGGGUGUAAGAUGAGAAGGUCUGAUGACAGAAGAUCGUGGAGAUCAAGGCUUUUCAGAAAGGUGGCAGCCUUUUAUCUGUCUUCAGUGCAGUGGCUCAUUUCUAGUUUUACCACACAAGAAAAAAAAUCUAGACAAUCACAGGGAAGUAAUUAACCCCUCCCUGACACAAAUCUUGGUACGGAGCAAACUGUUCUCUACAGGCAUCUGCAAGUCAAAACCAAGAAUCAAUACCAGCUGCAGUUUGUUUAGUGCUACAAGCAGCAAGCGCCAGUCUGUUUCAGCUGCAUCUCAAAAUAUGGCAAACACUCCUCUGGAUGGGGUGAAACCAGCCGUUUGGAAAGUCUUGGACAGUAACAUCUUCUCUAAUGUAAUAUUGAAGCAGAUGUAAUUUGACCAUUAGGUCUAACAUUAUUAGCAAAUUUAAUUUUUGUUUCGUCAUUUGUAUAUCAGGAGUAUUUCAUGCUGUUUUCAGAUUUAAGUAUUUUGCCAUCUGUAGUAGAUCAAACUUCUGUCUAAUUUCCAAUAUGUUAAAAAAAAAGUGAUCAUGAAAACAUAUUAUUACACAGAUUUCCCUGUUGAAGAUGUAAAAAUAUUUUUCCUGUACUUAUUGUGUUUGUCUUAUAUAUAUAUAUAUAUAUAUAUAUAUAUAUAUGUAUGAAUGUAUGUAUGUAUAUAUAUAUAUAUAUAUAUACAUAUAUUGCUGAAGUGGCAAAUGUUGAAACUUUUGACUUUACCUCAGAUUUUCUUGGGUAUCUGUUUUAUCUCGUUGCAAAUUAGUAUUCCCGAUAUUCAGUGGAAGUCUUGUGCUCUUGAUUUAUUUCAUAGUCUGGUGAUCCCUCCAGUUUAGUGGAGAGCUGAAAGAGCUAGACGGCACAAAGCCGAAACAGUGCAUCUGUACUUAAAGAGCGAAUGAGGGAAAAACAGUAAGUAGUGGGAGAAAGAGUGACACAGGAGGAUCUGCUUAUAGAUAGAUAGAUAGAUAGAUAGAUAGAUAGAUAGAUAGAUAGAUAGAUAGAUAGAUAGAUAGAUAGAUAGAUAGAUAGAUAGAUAGAUAGAUAGAUAGAUAAGAACUGGUGGGAAUUGUGGGAGGAUGUUGGACUUGAGUGAUGUGUUGAUGGUCUGUGAAAAGUCAGAAGAUGAGAGAAAGUUGGGGGAUGUUAAGUUUAAUAUUUUGAUGUGUGAUACUUUUGUGUUUUCUAACACUUGAUUUUGUUACUGUAAAAUAUUCUCCUAUUGUAUAUGUGGCAUCAAGGCACUUCAUAAUUCUCUUUAUAUUUUUGUACGUCAAUCAUUUUCUGUUCUGAUCAAAGAAAAUUAUUUAAAAAGAUGUAUAUCCUAAAUAAAAGAAAGACAAUUCCCAAACACA